AUGCCGUUAGGAGAUGACUUAGAUGAUGGACUAGACUACCAAGUCGACAGCUCAGAGGGUGAAAACUUCGGCGAUGUCGUCGAGGAACAACCAAACCAUAGCGCGAGCGAUUCGGAAAACGCAAAGCGGCCUCAUUCAGCUGGCGAAGAGGACGAGACAGCAAAGCAGCCGCAGAGCAAGCGUCAGAAGAAGCUAGCAAAAUCAAAAGUACAUCAAAAAAAGUUGGAAAAACUGGAGGCUGACCGGGAGCAGAAGAAACAACUUCCUAGAAGCUCGUCAGAACGUAUCGCCGAGCACCUUGGGACUCUAAUUAGGGAAAAGAACCCCGAUUUAAGUGCCUUAGAGCUCGAAGAGCUGUAUUUCAAGAAAACCGACUUCAUUUCGACUGAGAGGUACGAUAAGGAACGCAGCCUGCAUAAUAUUUUGGAUUUUGUGAACAACUUUUCCAAGUCUCCUCGGGCGAUCGUACUCUCCACGUCUAACCUUAGGGUUGCUGAUGUAUUCAGAGGCCUAGGAGGCUCCAAAAAUGCUGUGAAGCUGUUUUCAAAGAAUAAGCUGAAAGAAGAUUUAGCGAGGGUUGACCAACUUCUUAAAGCACCUAGCUCUAAAGACCGUCAAGCAAAAAACAAAGGAAAGAAGAAAGGAGAUGCGAUGGUGAAGUUCUUUACUGCAACUCCCGGGAGGAUGCUUAAGAUCGUGCAGGAGACGGAUGCGUUCUUUCUGGGUAAGGACAAACUGGACAUCUUCGUGGAUGCCAGCUAUCUAGACCCUAAAAUGAACACUAUUUUCACAAGCGAUGAUUGUACAGCCCUCCUCAAAGUCCUCAAAGAGUUUCUAGGCAAGAAGAGCUCUGUUAAAAUUCUUCUGUUUUAA